AUGACAGACCUGGAGAAGCUCCCUGUCACUCUCAUCCAUCUGCUGUCGAAUUCCAUCGUUCUAAGACAGACAGCACCAUAUGUCCCUGUUCGGGAACUACGUCGCCUGACAGCAACAAGCAAGUCAUUGAGACAGCUGAUCUAUUCGUCCUCUGAUGCUUGGCGCUAUCUACACUUGAGCAGCGUCAAGCGAGCUGUAAUCGACUCGAGCCCCAUCGAUGCCGGCGGCUACUCCUGGCGAGCAGAACGUAUGGACGAGAGCCUUACAGAGGACGAUUUCUAUGCCGGACCUCUUAGGGGCAUUCUGAACUCACUGCACUCCAAGUGGGUCCUCAAACAUGUCCAGACGUUGAUUCUGGAUGGGCUGUCCGUACCAGCAGACCUCGUCCGAGAGAUACUAGUGGAAGACCGGUAUCGGGUAAGGAUACUGAGCAUUCGUGAAGCAAAGAACUUGAACCAGGCAAAACUCCAGCAAGUGCUCAGAUACAUCUGUCGGCCCGCGCGACAGGAAGGCACGCCCACAUUGAAAGCACUCUACGUGUUCGGUGCCAGGGACACGCCUCGGGCGAUCACGACUGCCCUAGAAACAGUCCCCAAUGCUCGUGAGCUUGGCGUUAUGAGCUCUGCUGGGGCCCAGAUCGGCGCCGAAUGGAACCAGAAAUCCUCAAGCACUCUUGCAUCUCGACUCUCGGACGAGGAGACGAAAUGGUACACUCGUACUGGCCGAGCUAUCAAGAAACCUUGGGCAGACUGGCCGGACACUCUUCAAGCUUGCAAAGGACUCAUCGGCUUCGACGCUGUUCUCUGUCGAGGUCCACGGCAUGACAUUACGAAAGUUGACAGCAAAGCGUUCCUGCAGCCUACGAUAGCUACAGUCGCCCUUGGUCCCAGCGGCUGCGAAUCUUGUGGAUCAUGUCCUGAAGCUCCUGCGAUGUUUGGCGAUAGUCCUGAGUCAGCUCUACCUCUUCUCGGUCCUGUGCCUCUGCACUCCUCUACUCUCCGCGCAGCAGUGCGACCUGAUCAGAUCGCCGAUGGAAAUGUACCGAAGCUCAUACUCCGCUGCGAGGACUGCCUCCGCGGUCGAUGGUGUGAGCAAUGCAACCGAUGGUGGUGCGAGGACUGCUAUCAGGAACCUGUCUCUCGUACACAUCAUCUGCGGACUGGAAUGCAGCAACUUGAGCUCCGCGACGACCUCCAGCGCAAUGGCUGGGCUGAGGUUAAUCACAACCCCGGAAGCACAACCGUAAAGGUAUUCUCCAAACUCUGCGUUGAGCACUGCUUAGUCGAGACCAUGAUGGCAGGAGCUGGAAGCAAUGGCAUGUGGGGAUGA